AGAAAAUUAAAGAAGACAAAGCAAAAUGAAAAAAGUAACAAUCAUUUUUGCCGUUAUUCUCCUAAUUUCUUCAUAUAUGAUAGUGAAGAGUGCAGGUCAAUUUCGAUGUAACAAGGAUGAGGAUUGCGAUCCGCGAGGCUGCAGAGAAUAUUCACAUGUCAUAUGUAAAAAUCACAAGUGUACAUGUGGUUCUGGUGCUCCUAUUGGCGCUCCAUGUUAUAAAGUCACUGAUUGUAAUCCUUUUGGGUGUUCACCAGAAUGUCGUGUUAUCUGUGACUUUCAUGUUUGUGCUUGUUUCUCGGGUCAAUCAAUAUCCAUUGGAAACCCUACUCCAUAUUAA